AUGUUAUUCAUCAGUAAUCCAUUAAUACUUGAACGUGAGUUAAAUUUGGAAUUUGAUGAUGGUCACAAUGAUUACAGAAAGAAAUGUGAUAAAACAAAAUUUGUAAUCAGUGGUUUAUUUUUAUACUUGUUAACAUCAUUACUUAUUCUUGUCUUGAAUUAUCCGUUAUCGUUAACAGCAAUUGCAUUCCCAAUUAUUGUACUUAUUUAUACGAUCACUAUUUUGAGUGAUAAUCGGCGACGAGAUUUAUGGCCAAUUAUUUUUGUUACGUUUGCUGGUUUCAUUCUAAAAUUGAUCACAAUUACAAUGUUUUUCAUUAUCUAUCCAUUGCGAAACGAUGAUAAAACGCCAAAAAUGAUUGAUACACAUAAGAAACCAGGAUUAUUUGGUAAA